AAAUCCAUGAAAACCAACUUCACGUCAAUAAAUGCAAUUGAGUUUUGUUUACGGAUUGAGAGUAUGCACGAAACGAAGUGUCAACAUUGACAUAACAAACAACUGAGUGAAUUUGCUAAAACAAUACCCAUUGCAAAAAUGCAUUGUAUUAAGAUUUAAAUGACGAUUUCAAAGCCAUAAAAUGACUUCGAUGGAUAAUUUAAUCGCUCCGCAAUUUGCGGCCAUCAAACAAGAUAAUGUAAUAGGCGAUUGGUUCCAUUGCCAAUUUUGCCCAAUGAGUUUUGGCAUGUACGACGAGUAUAAAGCGCAUACCUUUGGCCACUUUAGCACACAAACAUGUACCGGUUGUAAUGUGCGUCUCAUCCAAAUCUGUGACAAAUGGUUCGAAGUGCAUACAGUGGCCAAUUGUCAAAACAACCAUCAUGUCCAUACAUUCAACACGAACAACGCAGGCCACAAUGAUAACGGUGAGAUUAUGGUUAUCAAGCAAGAGCCACCAGCCGAAAUGGAGGCAGCACAACUCGAUGAGCUUCUCAAUGUCAAACCCGAUGUUGAUUUGGAUGAUUUCGGUGAAAUUUUUGCGGCAAACUUAAAUACGAUUGAAAUGAGUGAAAAUAAUGGCGGCUUCGACACAACUCAACAACAUCAAAAUUCAAACGAUAUCUCACAGCUCAACUACCAAGUUGUCAGCAUUACUGUAAAGGAGAAACAUGAAAAUAAACGUACCAAAGGCUUUCAGUGUCGGUUUUGCGAUAAAGUCGUAUUAUCUCGUUUCCGAUUGGACUCACACAUUCAGAGCCACCAUAUGGAUAAUAAAACGAGCUGUAAACAUUGUGGCCGAAACUUUACAUCAUUUCAACGAUUGGAUAAUCACGUGAAGCGAUGUACAUCAAACAAUAAAAAACGACCUUACUUGCGAAGUCAUCCACAUCGUCCGACGGAGAAUUUUACAUGCGAUUUAUGCGGCAGCGUUCUGAAAAAAUUUCGCACACUUUUCGAUCAUAUGAAUGAAGUGCAUAGUUCGAAGUUCACUUUUAAAUGCCGUAUAUGCCAACGAAAGUAUCCCAGCCGCUAUUAUUUAACCAAGCAUUUGAACAGACAUAAGCAGGCCUUUGAAAAUCGUCUAGCCAACGAUGCAUCGAAUGUUGGUGAUUUGGACGAGCAUUUGAUGGAGCGACGAAAAUAUGCGCGAAUCCAUCCACAUCGACCGGCCGUUGAUUUUACAUGUGAUAUCUGUGGAAAGGCAAUAUCACGGUUUGACAUGCUCGAGGAACACAUGAGCAUAAGUCAUUCGGCACGAGACAGUUUUCAAUGUAAUAUAUGCCUCCGUACCUAUCCCAACCGUUACUUUUUGCAGAAGCACAAAGCACGUCACAAGAAUGCUGCUGCAAACGGUAUUGAGAUGCUGGAAGAGGAUUUAGAUAAAGGCCUGAUGGAAAGAAACAAAUAUCACCGACUUGCGCCGGGCGAGAGACGAUCUGAUCUGACCUGUGAUGAGUGUGGACGGGAAUUUAAACAUCAUUACCUUUUGAUGGAGCACAAAACUUCAAAGCAUUCCGGCGAAAGUGUUUUCGAAUGCAGAAAGUGUGGACGUUUUUAUCCAAACAGAUAUUAUUUGACGAAACAUAUGAAACGACACGAAGAAGCUGAGAAAUGUGGCAUUCCAGAAGAUCAACUGCCCCAAGAUUUGGACGUGGGCCUAAUGGAGAGAGCGAAAUAUGUGCGCGCCGAUCGAAAUGAGCGGAAAACAGUGUUCGAUUGCGAUGAAUGCAGUAGAAGUUUCAAUAAAUUCUGCCUUUUGACAGAGCACAAACGAUCAAGGCAUGGAUAUGGUCUAUCUUGUCGUAAGUGCAAUCGUUCCUUUGCCAGUCGAAAAAAAUUUGCCAAACACAUGAAACGACAUGACCAAGAAAUUUCGGCUGAGAACGAUAGAAAUCCAAUUGAACAUGAGCCAUACGUUCAUACUAACGUAUAUGCAUAUCAACCGAAGCCCGAAUACGUUUGUAAUUCUUGUGGCCUGAAGUAUAAUACACACGAGCUUCUGAAGCUGCACAUGGCAUCAAAUCAUUCGAAUCAUCUAAACACGGCCAAUUUGGAAAUCAUUGAAAUACAACACAAUCUGAGUAUAAAACCAGAAUCGCACGAGAAAGUGGAAGAGGAAAUAGAAGAGGGAGUAGAAGAGAUAGUGAAAGAGGAGGAGAAAAUUGAAAAAGAAGAAGAAGAAAGAGGACGUGAAAAAAAUGGUGCCAGGAGAAGAAAAAUGGAAAAGCAAAAUAGAAAAGAAAAGGAACAACACGACAAUUCGGAUGAAGACCUCGUCCAAAGGGAAUACUUGCGCGCGCAUCCACAUCGUCCCGCAUCGAAUUUUACAUGUGAAAUUUGUCAAAAAGUCCUAUCCACCUACUAUUCAAUCAAAUUGCACAUGCGUUCAAGACACACACGAAAAGUUCGAGUGAAGCACCCAUGUCCAAAAUGUAACAAAGAAUUCGUGUCGAAGAUACGCUUAGAAAAGCACCGAAUUUCAAAGCAUCCCAAUGUUCCAGAUGCUCCACUAGAUGCGCCAGCAGAAGCUUCCAAGUCGAAAGGUGUUGAAAGCAAACAAAUGUGUAGCAUCUGCGGCCGUCUGUUCCCGGAUAAAUCGAAAAUGAUUGCACACGAGAAAACGCAUCUGGGCAUAAUGACAUCAUGUAAUAUUUGUGGCAAAAAAUUCAUGCACAAAACUUACCUUCGGAAACAUAUUAUGGGCGUGCAUACCAAUGAACGACCGUUUGCCUGUGGAAUUGACGGAUGCGAAUGGCGAUUCUCUUAUCAGCCAUGUCUGAAGCGACAUCAAGCACGUCGACAUGGCUUGGUCAACAAUCCAAAUCAAUGUCCGAUUUGUGGAAAAUGCUUUCCAGAUAGUACCUACCAUCUCAAGAGGCAUCUCAAAGCCCAUGCAAAUAACACGGCCAAAGAAUAUUUCCCCGAACCAACACAAGAUCCAUCACAACCAACAACCAUUCGCUUCGAGUGCGAUUAUUGUGCGGAAAAAUUUGCAUCACGAGCUGCCCGCAUCAAUCACACACUCACCCAUUUCCAGAACAAAAAUUGCUUCACUUGUAAUAAAAUGAUGAUUUGCAUCAGUGGUGACUGGUACGCAUUGCAUGCUUCGGCCGAAUGCGAUAAGGAAAACAUUGAUACACCCAAUGUCAUUGAUGUUGACGUCAAAACGGAAGCAAUCGAUUACACACAAGAGGAUGCAGUGAGCCUUAAAUCAGAAGCCAACGAAUAUGCAUGCUCGGCAUACUCGGAUGACACCAGAGAAGACAAUAUAUUCGAACAGUCGCCAGUUCAUUUCCAAAGUCACAUUGAAGUGAGUUCAUUGCCAGAAAUUGUGAUACCGCCGGUUGUAAAACAGAAAGAAGUAAAACAGGAGCCAAUGCAUGCAGUGACACGGAAGCCACGAAUAGUCUCAAAACCAAUCAGCAAAAUUGAGACUCCUACAGAGAGCACAAAUGAAACAGACAUCAAACCGGCGCGACGACAGCGAAAAAAGGUGAUAUACAAAGCAACGUUCCUCGAUCAUCGACCGAAAGCAUCGUGUAUCUGUGAUGUGUGCAAUAAAACCUUGGGAACAUUUUCAUCGCUUCGAAAUCAUAUACUCAACAUGCAUUGCGAAAGCGAACGGAGUGAACGAGUGUCGUGUGAUGAAUGUGGCCAAACUUUUUCAACGCCAGGCAAUCUGAAUUCACACAAAAAGAUUCAUUUGAAAUGCAAGGCGUAUGUUUGCACGUAUUGUGGCCGGGGUUUUAAUCAGCUGCACAAUCUUAAAGAGCAUCAAAAUCGCCAUACUGGAGAGAAACCCUACAAAUGUGAACGAUGUGGGAAAACAUUCGGCCGAAAGACAAAUCUCACAGCACACACACGAGUACAUACCGGGGCAAAGCCAUUCAAGUGCAAUAUCGAAGGAUGUGAUCGUGCUUACAUGUUUGAGAUCGAUUUGAAACGGCAUAAGUACAGCAUACACGGGAUUUUCACCAAGAAACAUAUUUGUCCAAUUUGUUCAAAGGUUUAUCCUGAAAAUAAGCUUUUAAAAAAACACCUCGACUCUCAUUCGACAGGCAAUAUUGGAUAGGUAGCAUCUGAAGUUUAACAAAAACACUUGGAAUCACAUUCGGCGGGAGUAAUUACCUAAUUUUGCUUAGUUCCACCAAGUUGAUUUACAAGCAGGACAGUAUUGAUUGAUAUCGUGGACAUCUGGAGCAUUGAGUACACUGUGUUUGAUACUAAGCUGAAUAUUUCUGUGGUUCAACCAUUGCAUAUUAUUUUAACCAUUUGUUCCAUUUCUUUCCACUAAUUUUAAUAAAUAAGAUAAGAAGCGGA